UUUCAGACGUGGAUGAGUGUGAGGACCCUCUGCAGUGUCCCGGUCAGGAGUGCAUCAACAGUCAGGGCUCGUACCGCUGUGUCUCCUGUCAGCCUGGAUACAGACUGCUCAACAGGCUCUGCACAGACAUUGAUGAGUGCCGCCAGGUUCCCUGCUCCAACGGUCGCUGUGAAAACACACCUGGAAGCUACCGCUGUGUCUGCCGCCAUGGUUACAAGCUCCAGAACAACACCUGUACAGAUGUAGACGAGUGUGCAGAGCCGUCUCAGUGUCCCGGUCAGCAGUGUGUGAACUCUGUGGGAUCGUACCGCUGUAUGUCCUGUCGACCUGGAUACACACUCAUCAACAGACAGUGUACAGAUGUGAAUGAGUGCGAGGACGGUGAGCGUUGUCCUGGUCAGCAGUGUGUAAACACCGAAGGAUCUUACAGCUGUGUGGACUGUCAGCAGGGAUACCGCAGUGUGAACGGACUGUGUGCAGAUGUGGACGAGUGUGUGAAGCCAAGUGUGUGUGUGGACGGUCGCUGUGUGAACACUGAAGGCUCCUUCCAGUGCCAAUGUCAAACCGGCUUCACCACCAACCCCGAAAAGACCGCCUGCCUCGAUGUUGAUGAGUGCGUCUCGUCCGGCGGGUCAGUGUGCGGCUCACAGCGGUGUGAGAAUACGAUUGGCUCUUACCGCUGCUUCACUUCCUGUGAGCCGGGCUACCAGGUCACACCGACAGGCAGCUGUGUCGACAUCGAUGAGUGUGCCAAUCAGACGGUAUGCGGGGAACACGCCUUCUGUCAGAACCUGCAGGGAACCUACCUGUGUGCGUGUCACCAGGGCUUCACCUCCACCGCUGACGGGAAGGACUGUGUGGGCGGACCAGCAUCCUGCAGCAGACCCACCUCCUCCUCCUCCUCCUCCUCCUCUUCCUCAGCGAAUGCCGGUCAGAAUAAGCAGAGCACCAGUCAGGCUUCACAAAACCCAUCUGAGCACUAA